AGUAGAAUAUGUAUUGUUUAUAUCUUUUAGUAGAUUUAGGGGAUAUUGUGCUUCAAACUCCAGCCAAAUAAAGUAAUUUAAUUUUCCUCAACCUCCGAUCAUCCCCAGAAUUUUGGAAUCGCCCUUAAAGAACAAACAAAAUGGCGGCAAACGAGGAGAGGGGAGUGUUUGAUCACAUGCCUGAACCCAACCAAUCAGAAAACACAGGACAAAAUAUCCCCAAAUCAUUUGACCAAUCAGGACACACAGUUGAAACUCAGUACCAGUCAGUUGACCAAUCAGGAGCCAGCUUUCAGAUGGAAUCAGAUUUGCAUGUGAAAACGCUGGCUGUAAACCAUCCGUUAAAGCCGAUUGACGAGAUUAGCGCGGAUGACGCAGAAGUAUCACUAGCGAUGUCUCUCUCCGACCAGAGCAAGGCGGGCCCCUCACAGCCAAUGAGAGACCGCCGCACCCCAAAGGCGAGGAACGUUAGCGGGUCGAGCCAGCACGAUACAAGCGGGAAUAAGUCGGACAGCGGGUCGGGGUCUGGAGCACGACAUAAACGAUGGAUGAGACCGGGGAUUCCGCUGAAGGCUGGCGCAAAGAUGGAGGCUAUGGAUUAUUUAAAGAAAUGGUACCCUGCCAAAAUUGAGGAGGUAGACUAUGAGGAACGUGAGAUCCUGGUACAUUUUGAGGGUUGGAACCACCGGUACGAUGAGUGGCUUACCUUCGACAGUGACAGGAUCCGACCGGUGGAUCGACUCACAACACGCAAGGAAGGACCCAUCAAAAUACCAGCUCAAUACAAGGUUGGAGAUGAAGUUCUGGCCAGGUGGACCGACUGUAAAUAUUACCCGGCAAAGAUUCUGGAAGUUAGGGUAGAUGCCUCCUAUAGGGUGCAUUUCUAUGAUGGCAUCGACAAGACUGUGAAAGGCAUCAAUGUAAGACCCAUUCCUGAUGAUAUGAAGGGACAGGAUUUUGCAGCUCUUGCCCAGGCCCAGAACUCGGGCCCAGGCACGGGUAAGGGGCGCCCGUCCAGUAAGGACCGUAGUCGCAGCAGUAGCAGUGGAAGUCGUCCCAGCAGCCGGGAGAGACCGCGUAGCCGCGAACAGCGCCACAGACAGAGUGAUGAGUCAUCCGAUGAUAGCGGCCCCACCACCAAGAAGAGGCGUGCGUCGGCUUCUCCAAAAGGGUCCUUCCAAGAAAAGCGAGCACGUCUUGACAAGCUGGCCGGGAAACUCUCGGCACUGUCUAAGGCGAGAGGACACACCUCACGGGCAGAUGAACACAUAGCGACCACCAGGACUUCUAUGAUGGGCACCAGUACCAUCAAGACCAAAAUUGCAACUGGCAAGCCAACAAAAAAGCUGCAAGCCGCCAACAACUCCAGUACGGAGUCCGAGACAGAAACAGGACUCCACGGCCAAUCAGUGAUCUCCAGCCUGCUCGCAGCCCCUUCACCCUUCCGUACGGAGAGCGUGAGUCUCCCGUCAACCAUGAACCCAGAAACCAUGACAACCUCCAUUCUCCAGACCUCUCCUCAGAUCUUCAAUCCUCAACUGCCCUUCCCCAUGCCGCAUCCCAUGAUGCCUCUGUCCAGCCAAGGCCCCCUACCCCUCCACCAGACUCCGCCGGCUACUCCUCCCAUAUUUGGACAGCCUCCGUUCCUGGGUCCCUCGGGCCAGCCUCCCUUCACCGCUGGGGCGUCGUUCGGGAUGGGGCAGCUACCUCCGGUGUCUGUUCCCAUGGGUAUGGGGCUACCCCCUGGGCCACACUCCCUGCUACCUCCACAUACAACAGGGAUGCUGUCUCACAGCGGCCUCUCACCACCGGACACCCCGGAGGGACACCAAAGCGCCCUCAUGCGUAUGCUGAAGGCAUCGCAGGCCCAGGCGCAGGGAUACAUGCCUGUCACCACUGCGAUGGGGCACCCGUAUUACCCCCUGUCCAUGCCAGGAUUCAUGCCCAAUCCGCAUGAAGGCCUGAUGAGUAUGGCACCAACGUCCCAGAGUUUACACCUGCGUUCCGCACACGGCGCCCGCCCUCGCCCCGCCACACGACGGGCGCGCCAAACCCGCAACAAGAACCGCCUCUCAUCGUCCAAGUCCAAGACAUCGCCGUCCGUCCCUCCCAUAUCCGGUCAGGAUGCGCUGACUGGUCUACUGCAGGGGUCGCACAUGUCUGGGGCAGGUGGUGUUGCCAUGUCAACUGUUUCCAUGGCAGCGGGUCAGCUACAGAUUCCCCACAGGAAGAGAGGGUUCGGGAUGAGUCAGCGAGAUCGGUCGAAGAAGCACAGCAGAGAACCAUUGGUGGGGAAUACACCUAAAGACAUGGAUGUAGAUUUUGACCACAACAAGUACAAGUGUCCAGUAGCCGGCUGUGGAAAGGCCUUCCGGAAAGAGAUGGGACUUCUCUGUCACAAGAAACAUUACCACGAGAAGAACAAGCACGAUAAAGACGACCUAUCGGCCGGCCCAUCUGGAGGGGAGGGGCCUGAGACUCGACCAGAGAAACGGGAGAAAGUUCUGAAGAGAAAGAAGGAGAAAAACUCAUCUGGAGAGGGAAGAAUCAAACACCCAAGCGAGAGUCGUACCAGAACCUCCAGCGACGGCAGACAUCGCAACCCCAGCGAAAGCCGCUCCCGGCACCCAAGCGAGAGCCGCUCCCGGCACCCAAGCGAAAGCCGUUCUCGCCACCCAAGCGAGAGUCGCUCCCGCCAUCCAAGCGAGAACCGAUCACGUAAUCCCAGCGAGACGCGUGGCCGACCUCCGGGCAGCAAGAACAGGGAGACGGCCGCGAGGCUCCCACGCACGAAGCGAGCCUCGGCCCCGCCCAAGCUGCAGACGUCCGGAGAAGGUGGGGCUUUAGAUGGAGAGGAUAGCAACGAAGCUGUGGAAGACGUUCCCAUGGAGAUGGUACCCGACAUGGAGGAGGAGGAGGAGCCUGAGGAGGUUGCCAUGGAAACCGGUGAGGAUGCAGAGGCUGAGGUCCCCCCUGUGGAGGAUCAGGAGUUUGAGACUGGGGGGAAGGAGACUCUGAACCAGGACGAGGUGGUGCACUGUCUGUGUAACUACCCUGAGGAGGAUGGCUUCAUGAUACAGUGCGAGGUGUGCAUGUGCUGGCAGCACGGCAUGUGUGUGGGCCUGACGGAGGAGACCGUGCCCAAGAAGUAUGUCUGCUUCGCCUGCCUCAACCCGCAAGAUGUCUCGACAGCAGGCCAGAGACUCAGCGCACGCUACCUACACGACCAAGACUGGUUCAAACAGGGAAUGAUGGCACGGUUCUCCUUUGCCAAGCCACCCAAGGAGGACACAUCGCGUUACGUGGCCGCUACGCAUUCCCUGAUGGGAGACAUGUACUCGGUGAAGACGGCACUGCAUAGCUUACAGAGGAAGAUACAGAUAGCAAAAACAUCGGACCACCCAGAGUUGAUCCUGUGGAGCCGUAGAUGGGAGAAGGAGAUGGAAGAUGAAGAGGAAGAUGAAGAAGACGGUCCACAGGAAGACGAACAGCCCCACUCUCCUCAGGACACCUCCAUGGACACGGAGGAUGGACAGAACGAGACAGUCCCUCAGGAAGAGGGAACGAAUGAGGCAAAAUCGAAAGAAAGCAGCAAGUUGGAUCAAGAAAGUGUUGUUGUCAAUGGAGAUGCGAAUGAGAAUGAAGCGAAUACUUCUGUAGAACAAAUUCCCCUGGACAUUAAAGUUGCUGAUAGCAACAGUGGCAGUCCACAAAGGUCAAAUAACACAGAAAGAAGAGAUCAGUCAAGUUUGCAACAGAAGCAAGACGAAACUGUGUUCGAAGAAGAGAAAAGAAAGUCGGACAGUCCUAGAACGGAGCGAGACGUAUCGACAAAGACGCCAACAGUACCAACCACUACUUCUCCAGAAACGCAAAAGACAUUGAUCGCAGCAAAGGAAACCCAAGAGAAGGCUCAGCCAUCCGUUAGUCAGAAGUCCUCUGAUCAUGUAGAGCAGCGAAUGAGUCCAGCUGAGACACAAAAGUUGACAACAUUCGCUUCAGAACAAGCAAAGCCACAACUGGUUGCUUCAAGCAAUGAGAAAGACAAGAGUCAGGAGAAGAGUCUGGUGAAGGAGGACUCCCCGAGCAAGUCUAGUUUGAGUGACAGCUGGGGCGAUCACUCGUACAGCCGGCCGUGCACGCCGGUGGAGCGCCCGACGGUGGCGGAGAGCCGGCUGGAAGACCUCGGGGUGGAGACACAGACACAGGAGGAGGGGAGACUUCUCAUGGCUGGGGCACUCGCACAGACUGCAGAUAGAGUGGAAAGUUUGCCGACAGAUGGUCCUGACUACACGGCUGGGGUUCCACUAGAGUCUGGGCAUGGAUUAUGGAGACAACCGGAGCCUACAACAGUUGAACCCUCCACCAGCCAAUCAGAGGAGGUGACUGAUGGUGUCGCCAUGACGACCAGCAGCUUGACCAAUCAGGACCAGGUUGCACCGUUCUCUUGCGAGGUGAACCUGCUGGACCACAUCUGUGAGAUGCAGGACGAUGUGGAGAAACGACUAGAGAUGAUGGAGCAACACAUCAUUGCUCUAGAGACAGCCUGCGAGGCCCCGGCUACAACACGGGAGGGUCAGGACCCCCUGCACGACAGGUCAAAGGUCAAAGGUGAAAUCAGACGACUGCUGAGUGACCUGAACAAAGUGCAGCUGUUGGUUGGCAUCACCCAAUAACCAUUCAAUGUAGACCCAAGUUAACAUCGAAAUGCCGUGUCUAAGUUUUGUUAGUCACAAUAUGAGUCUCCUAAGGCCUAGAAAAACAAUGCUGGUUUCCUGACUGACCCUAGCAAAGACUUGCCGACACUAGCCUUUUUGCGUGUAGGGGAGGUCGAUUUAUGAACCAUUUUGGUCGGAGGGAUUAAAAUGUUGUUGACAUGUUUUUGGACAUGUUUUCUUCUCAUUCGGUUGCAGUAGAAAAUUGUUUGUGCAGUGUUUAUCCAUAUGAUUCCGGCCCAGGCUUCACACCCUAGAGAGCCCCGCUAUCCGUAUAAACUAUAAUUAAGAUUUUAUGUUGAAUAUGACCAUCUCCUGAUGAUUUACAACAUUUCAAUUUUACAAUAAUAUGAUAAUUAUUGUUAAACUGUAUUUGUUGGAUCACUUUGACAGAAAUCUUUGAAAAUGACGAGAGAUAAUACCUAUCUCCCAACCUUAAUUUUUCAGCACCGUAAUUGGAAACUCAGCAUUUAUUAUCUUUGCCUAAAUCUUCAAAAAUGAUUUAUUAGCUAUUUCUAACGUACAGUAUAUGAAAUAUACAUGAUAUAUAGUGUUCAGACGAUACACUUCAAGUUGCAGGUAUUAAAGUAGCUAUGACACAAAUUGCAUUGAUACAUUGUAAGGUUUUCAACUAUAUGUUAACUGUAUGUCUAGUUUGAAGAAUAUUUUGAUCUUGCUAUAUGUACUUUGCUUGUCAAAGUAGCAAUAUGCAGACUUCUACAUCAUGAUGGUUUGAUAGCUUAUUGCUCUGUGAAUACAGCAAAGAUUUGUAUGAAGCAAAAAUAUUGGUCCAUGUGGAAAAUAGGAAAGGAAAGAAAGCUAUUUCAUUGGCUGAAGUAGAAAUGAGAUUUUUCACAUAUGUUAAAUUAUAUAUAAAGUUGUUAGAUAAUUUUGUUUCUGUGAUUGUCUUUUCCAUGAUGCCUUGCCUUGCUUGAUCUACACAUGUACAUACUUGAAGUUUUGUAGGUAUGAAAAGACAUUGAUGUUUCA